UGUAUAUAUAUUUUAUUAAUCUAUACGUUUAACAAAAACAGCAACACCACCACCACCACCAACAACAACAACAACAACAACAAUAAUAACAAUCCAUCCAUUUUCUAUACCACUUAUCCUACACGGAGUCAUGGGGGAGCCUGAAGCCUAUCCCAGGGAACUCGGGCAACAAGACAGGGGACAGCCUGGACGGGGUACCAACCCAUCACAGGGCAAUAAUAAUAAUAAUAAUAAUAAUAAUAAUAAUAGAGGCAUAAUGGUGCAGUCAGUAGCGUUGGUGCCUCACAGAUCCAGAGUCACUUUGUUUGAUCAUGAGCUCAGGUUAUUGCCUGUGUAGAGUGCCACCCAUGCUCGCUUGGGUUUCCUCUGUGAUCUGAAGUUUUCUCCUGUCUCCUAAAAACAUGCCAGUAGGUGGACAGGUGACUCUUGAUUUCACCUAGGUAUGAAUUAUUGUGUGUGUGUGUGUGUGUGUGUGUGUGUGUGUGUGUGUGUGUGUGUGUGUGUGUCAUCUGAUCCAGGGUGUCCAGGGUGCAUUCCCAGAAGAUGGUUUAAUGAAUGAGUGAAUGAAUGAAUGAAUGAAUGUGUUCUGGGUUGGAGAGAAACCAUCCAUUAAAUCCUAAGUAGAUAAUACAGGUCUCUUUUAUCUGGCAACCAGGUGUCGGGAUGAUAAACGUCCAGCCCGUAGUGAGUGCUGCAUGUGAAGAUGUUGCAUAGGAGUGCAGGAGCUCCGCCUAAACACGGAUGGGUAGGGCAAGUGUGGGAAAAGAGGAUGAGCAAGGAGAUGAAAUAAAGCUCGCGAGCGUUACCAGCAACUACAAGAGGAGAGGAGAGUGGGGAAAGAGAGACAAUGCUUUUACAGCAAACACACACGCAUCGGGACGGCUGAGCUCCAUAGCUCAUAACAUAGUAGGUUAAGAGACUGAAGAGUGGGGCUGAAGCUCUUCUUCACCUUUUUUUUGUUUAGUUUUAUUUUUUGUUUGUUUGUUCGUUUGUUUUUUGCGAGGUCCUACCUACCAGAAACAUCAGAAGAACAUCUCAUGCUGACAUCCUGCACGACUCUUCAUGUGUAUGAGCACUUCUUUAGAGGUGUUAUGUUCCAUUAGUUUGUGAACACUUGGCUUAUUCCCUGGCGACACAUGUUGUCUUUGGCGUUUAACUGACUUGCAUUGAUAGUCGGGAGAACCUCGAUUUAAUAACUCUCAGCUCAAUAUGUACCAGGGGCACCUGCAGGGGAAAGACUCUAGGGCUGCAGAUAAGGCCGUUGCCAUGGUCCUGAAGGAGAUACCCAAUAAGGCGUCCCCAGAAGGCAAACCCCUCCUCACGGUGACCAACAAGGUGGUGAGUGAACAACAAGAGAGCCGUCCCUUGCUAAGCCCCUCCAUCGACGACUUCUUGUGCGAGACCAAGUGUGAUGGAGCUGCCCACCCUGUGACCUCCAAUACAGCAGUGCUGUCCUCUUCUCUGGACCUGCUGGACCUGAGUGAGCCUGGUGAGAGGAGGAACAGUAAAGACCGAAAGAGUCCCAUGUCCACCAAGAGCACGCCUCAUAGAAAGAAAGCAGAUGAAACCGAGCUGAUACAAGUGGAUGUCGAACAGAACAAACCCUGCUCUCGUACACCUGUGAAAGAUUCUCUGGAUUCAGCGGGUGUUCGUUCACCGCUGGAGAAAUGGGAGGAACGCAAUCCAGAGAGAACCGCUAGCAGGAAAUGGAAGCUAGACAAAAGACGGUCGUCCAAAAAUUCUGGAGAUUUCGCUUGGUCUACUGACAGCAAAACGCAACUUGAUACAGCUGCCAAGAACUCGUUAGAAAUAAAUUACAAGUCUGAGGCAGAGACGUCCCCAUCCACUCAACUCAACAAGCAGUAUAUUAGUGGAAGACAUGGCCGACUGAGCAAAGAGCAGAGGUGGGGUGGAGGACUCCUAUCCCGAAAUCAGUCCCUCGAGGAGGAGUUUGAGCGUGCCAAAGCAGCUGUGGAAUCAGACACUGAGUUCUGGGACAAGAUGCAGGCUGAGUGGGAAGAACUGGCUCGCAGAAACUGGCUUACGGAGAAUGAGCAGGGCCAGAUUCCUUCCACUGUAUCUCCUCAUGAAAAGGUUCACCAAACUGAGCCAUGCCUUAAGGCCCAUGGAUAUUACUUCCACACAGAUAAUCCAUAUAAAGACUGGCCAAAUGCGUUUGAGGAGGGGCUGAGGAAGGCCAGAGAGGGUGAUCUACCAAACGCUGUUCUUCUCCUGGAGGCAGCCAUCUUGCAGGACCCUCAAGACUCAGAGGCUUGGCAAGUCCUGGGGACCACACAGGCAGAGAAUGAGAAUGAGCAGGCAGCGAUUGUCUCCCUCCAGAGGUGUCUGGAGCUCCACCCCAACAACCUCCAGGCCCUCAUGGCAUUGGCGGUGAGCCUCACCAACACGGGCAUGAAGCAGGAAGCAUGUGAGGCGCUACUGGGCUGGCUGAGACAUAACCCGAAAUAUAAACACCUCCUGAAGAACCACAAUAACCUGCAGGGCUCACCAAACUCACGCCACCUCUCCUACUCCACACCCAUGGCAUGCUCUCUGCUGCCUGAGGUGAAGGAGCUGUUCUUGGAAGCAGCCCAACAGAACCUAGACACGAUUGACCCGGAUUUGCAAACAGGCCUGGGUGUGCUUUACAACCUUAGCUCUGAGUUCAACAAGGCUGUAGAUGCCUUCAACGCUGCACUGUCUGUCCGGCCAGAGGACUACUUGCUGUGGAAUCGUCUCGGGGCGACACUAGCUAACGGAGACCGCAGUGAGGAGGCAGUGGAAGCGUACACCAGAGCUCUAGAUCUCCAGCCUGGUUUCAUUCGGUCUCGCUACAACCUGGGCAUCAGCUGCAUCAACCUGGGUGCACACAGGGAAGCUGCCAGUAACUUCCUGACAGCACUAAGCCUGCAGAGGAAGAGCAGGAGUCGGCAACUCUCGCACCAGGUCAUGUCUGGAAACAUCUGGGCAGCAUUGAGAAUAGCACUCUCAAUGAUGGACCAGCCCGAGCUCUUCCAGGCAGCAAACAUUGGGGACCUGGACUUACUCAUGAGGGCCUUCAACCUGGACAUGUGAACUGGCAAAUAUUUUUGACCAAGUACAAGCCAAGAACCCAAAGUCCUUCAAAUGGAGGAAGCUGUAAAUCAUUUUAUCGAAGAGGUUUUCGAGAUUUUUUUUUUCCCGCAAAGCACCUUUACAUUCCUGAGAACUGCAUGGCAGUAUAUGAUUUCAGAGAAGAGCACAAUGCCUGGAAGACUGUAGAAAAUAGUAGUUAGUGACGUCUUGCUGGGUGGAUGUUGGAUGUGCUGGAAGAACUAUGAAAAAAAAAAAGUCUGUAACUCAAAACAGUUACAUUCCUGUGUAUUUUCCUCUUGUAUAAUGAAACAAAUGCAAAUCUGGAUUGUCAGAUAGAUCAAAGCAAUAGUUCAGUACUACAACCUACAGGUCCUAUUUUAGCUUUUUCUUAAAUGUAGUGCUAGAAAAAAAAAAAUUCUGUUGUUUGCUGUAACUUUGCUGCAGGCCAGACAGUAAAGCCUUAUUUAAAAUGCAUGACAGACAAUUAGUAAUUUCGGAGAUCUUAUGGGGAUGACAGCAGAUGAGAUGGUUUCCUCUUGAUGGCUUGUCAUUUACAAAGAAGCAAGAAGGGUUGUUGUUUUUUUUAACCAAAAUCACAGCUUUCCUUUUGCAUCUUUACUAUAUCUCUGAAUGCCAUAUGUGACUGUCUUAUGAAAGACCCACAAAAUAUGCAGGUGACUGUCCUCCACAGUUCCACUUGAUGUAAAGUCAUGCAUUAUUGCAUUUUGUCUUAAAGCUCAUUUAAGACUUUUGUUGAAUGUGAUGUAAUGAGAAGUGUCAACGUGUCAAAAAUGUUAGGGUAAAAUAAUGAAUGAUGCAUAACUUGAGAU